AUGCCGAUCGGAGCAGCAGAUGUUUCAGUGAUGAUGGUCGGAGUCCGAGCACUGUUCAAAACCUCGGUCAUCCUUGUAGUCAAUUCAAGGAUAGAGUCAGAGAGAUUGGACGUGUCGCCAGAGGAGUUCGGAUUAUCAAAGUUCGCCAUGAACGGAGCUCACGCCAACAAGUUAUACAUUGGAGGCCUGUUGGCCGAUGUCUUAAGUGAGAUCUUACUGAAUUUCUUUAGCAGGCAUGGUGAGAUAGAAGAAGGUUUUAUUGCUUAUGACAAAGAAACAAACAAAUCACGUGGUUUUGGCUUUGUUACGUACAAGACACUAAAGGCAGCAAAGAAGGCCUUGGAUGAUCCAAAUAAGCUGGAUAUGCACAGCCCGGGAAGACGCAUGUCGUCAGCACAACCCCUGUUUGUUACUUUGCAUACCCUCAGGCUUUGGGAGCAAACCCUGCUGCUUACCCAGGCAUCGCUCCUCAGUACCCACCGCAAGGUUUCGUAUGCGCAGGUUGCUGCCAAGAAAGACCGAGUUGGACUACCCGCUGGUGUGGUCCUUCCUGCUGGAGCACCUGCUGGAAUUAGCGGGUAUCCAUAUUACGCUACAAAAUAA